AUGAAUAUUGAAUAUUUUCAAGAAGGUCUCGACAGCCUCAUGUAUUGCGGCAUAAAACUAAGUCCAGAGCAAAAAAUUUUAAUCGAGAAUUCUCUAAUAGUACUGCAAAAUGAAAAUCGUUAUGCCGGCAUUUAUUUUUGGGGACGUAUCAACGGUAUCGCUAAAGAUUAUUAUAUAGCAUUUGGAUACACAAGAGAUUGUCUAAGGGACCGUAAAUAUUUCUUUAGUAUUGAUGGCUACCAAUGGCUAAUGUUACCAUUCGUACAUAAUCCAAAGACUUUUCAGGCGACAAUGGUGUGUCGUGAACCAUUUUCUGGAGAUCCUAGUCUUAUAACAACUGUUAAAUUAGAUCCCAUAUUUGACAUUGAUUCCAAUCAAGUAAUUUCUACCAGCCUACCGGAAGAAAUUCCACUUAAAGAAGAGGAACGUCUUGCUGCAAUUGUUUUUAUCAUCACUGAAGAAUGUGCCAUUUGUCCACGAGGAUCUUUAUACAAACUAACUGAUGGCUGUGUUGUUCCCAACCAAAUGUUUCGCGGCUUAAAUGAUUUACAAUGUGAGGAUCUUUCCUAUUAUCAAAUUUAUCGUUUACCAAGAAAUGAUCUCAAAAUGAACCUAUCUAAACGCUCCGAUUACAAUUAUCCCAUAGACUUUUUGGAUUCUAUUGCGUGUGUCAUACCAAAAGGGCAGGCGUUUUCUUUAAAUUUACAGCAUAAUGAACGUUUAGUCGUUAUUAAAUCUUGUAUUUGGUUGGGUAUGACAUUCUUUCAUAAAAUUAACUCAUCUAAGCAUGGUUUUCUAUAUAUUGGAGACGGCAAGAAAAAUUACGACUUGUUGUUCAUGUUUUAAAUCAGAAAUAAUCGCAAUACUACAUUCACUACAUUAAAUAUUCUCUGUACAUUUUUAUUUGUUUAUAUAAUGUUUAAUUAUCAAAAAAUAGUAUCUUUAAUCUCUUUGCACUAACCUUUUUCAUAAUUUUCCUUUUGAUUGGGUCUACGACAUGUUUCGUCGGUCUUUUCUUCACCUUGUUCCAGUUUUUGUCGUUUGGCAGACGGUUCUUCUCCAGCUUUUACUAAACCAUUUGUAUCACUCAUAUUCAUUAUUUCUGAAAUACUUUUAUCCAAAUCGCUCUUCAAUUUGUUGUCAUCGUUAUCCUCACAUCUGGUUACUUCUGCACUGCCUACAACACUUAAAUUACCUUCAACGGUUUCAUCUAAACUUUCCACUUUUUUCAAUGCCAAUCCGGUGUAGUCUUGCAAAAUUGUAUGCUUAUCCAUACAGACGCUGCAUAUCAUUUCACUACAUGCAUCUACAAGCUUAUCGGCAUUUGGGGGUGCAUUUAAGUGAUGCAAAUGGAACCAGUCCUCGCAAACUACGCACUGCAACAUUAGCUCAUCUGUUGUACGUUCUGGAUCAGGGUACGGGCGAUGACAUGUACAAUACAACCCCUGAAAAUUUUGAUUAUACAAAUUACCAACGUUGGCCUUUUCGGGUUGUUUGCGUUCCGCAUUUAAAGUGCAACGAUUUACACCUGUACGCUCUGUCGGACAGUCGCAACGAAAGUUCCUCUUUGUGUAUAAUUCAACCAAUUCAUGAUUCUCAUGGCAUUGAUAAGAACAAGCCAAACAAAUGCCAGCACAUUUCUCCAAAUCAUUGCGAGCCUCUGGGCAACAUGUCAGACAAGAAUACAAUGCCUGUCGUUUGACAGGUCCAAGAAUAUACGUACAACUUUUUUCGUCCGAUGCUCCAAGUACGGCAGCAUAUUCCUCCUCCAACUCUUUUUCCUCUUCCAAAACA